AUGUCAGCACGAAGCGCAUAUGCGCGCAAGAAAACAACACAAGCAAAGAUCAAAGACCCAGCCAAGCAUGGAAGAGCUCAAUCGGUAGCCGCUACAUCUUCAAGUGGUGAAAGCAUAUACGUCGACACCUCAUACCCACCGAGCAGCCCAUUCACAUCGUCACCUCGAUAUCCUCCACCAAUGCCACAAUAUGCCACCAUGCCAAUGGGAAAUAGGGGUGAAUUCCAGGGAAGAGGAAACCCAAUGACGGCACCUGAUUGGAAUAGGGAUGCGUAUCUGAGCCAUCAACUUACUUCGCCAACAGAGGAUUGGGUCCACGGUAGAUCAAGGAGAGCUACCAUGCCAGAAGAAUACAGCACCAUUGAGAAGAGUGGACUGCGAUCAAUAAUUGACAAGCGAAGCGACGAUGUGAGGAAGACUAUUGCAAAGACUUUUACUUUUCGCAAGAAAGAAAAGGAGGAGGAACCAUUAGAAGACGAUGAUGAUUCCAGUCGACCAAGCGUUGAUACUUUACAACCCAGAAUCAUUCCUGAUCCUACUGAGAGUCGUGGUUGGGAUAUACAAUCUACAGCACCAACAGAAUCAUCACGUUUACCAUCGGUAUCUUCAUCGAUACCGUCUCAGUAUCUUCUUUCACCGUCACCAAGAUCCCAAAUCUCAUGCAACAUACCCCUCGCUGGUCCACCACCAACUACCAAGUUACCGCCGAUACCUCAGGCGCCUCCUGUGUCUGCACCCCAAAUGAGGCGUUGGUGUGGAGGAGGAAAACCCAUUACCAAGUGGAACAAAAUGCGAAAAGACCCCGAGCUAUGGGAUCCCAAUGGAGAUGUUUUGAUCUAUCUCGGACGCAAUGGCCAAAGCUUACCCACGAUGCGCAUAUCUUCUUAUAUCAUCGAGGCGACCAACAGCCGGUAUCUGAUUUACCUUCUGAACCAAGGUUCACUCGAAGGACAGGCGAACCCACCGCCUUCACCUCGAGCUGAAUCUUAUGAGGCAAAGCUUGGGCAAGACCUUCAAGCAGGUCUACUAACACCCCCUACAUCGGGACGUACCAGCUUAGGGGAUGUGGGAGGACAAGUACUGUACAAGAUGCAUUUUCCACCUCCGCAAAACGCCAAGAGUAUCGACCAGCUGCGUCACCAGAUUACUACGCGCAACUUUUUUGCAUUACUUCUGAAUGCUUCACUUGUAGGUCUAUCCUUGCACGAAGCUUUAUCCGACCUUCAUGUCCGACUUGACAGCUACAUGCCCCCAAACAACGACAAUGUCAGCCAGAUAGUACGCUAUAUAUACAACCGCGAUCUGGACGAUGUUCGAAAUAGCCCUUUGAUGGCAGUAUCGCUGCUCAUGUGGGCUGAAGAGCCUGAUGUUAGGUGGGAAGAAGGUUGGAGAGAGUGCUUCACGCAUUGCGUGGGCAUGUACGAUGUUGUGCAGAAGAGCAAGGACUUUAAAAAGAUCUCCCCAAGCACGAGGAAAUUGAUGGACAGGGCCAACAAGGAGAUGCAAGACCGCGUGCAGGCUGCUGAGGAUCGUCUUGCUAGCUUCAGGUUUCAGGACAUAUACAUGUUCACCCCGGAAACUGUCUCAGAGAUGAAGGCGAUUGGUAGAUUGAAGGAAAUGUUUCUGCAGCAUUUCGAGGGCGAGUACGGAUCUUGGCCUCCCGUGUCAUCAGCGCAACAAGACAAUCAAUCAGCUGAUACCGCUGAACACGAGAGAUGGCUAAGUCGGACACUAGCGAUGAAGCUACAAAAAGACUUUGGUGCGCUGUAUGACUGCCUGGUGGACCGAGACAUUGUCUGGGGCACGUUGGAACUCCGAUCAAGGAGUACGUUGACGCUGGCGUCCAAAACAACUAACAGAGCCCUCACAUCGGACACGGACCACUUGCCGAUAGCAGAUAUGCUCAUCGAGUUUGACAAGAAAUAUUGUUUCCCGCACAUUCCUCACCCAUAUCCUUUAUUGCCUGGGUCGAUAGACUCAUCUCGAAGAAACUUCUCCAAGAAGCGAACCGACUACAUAUAUGCGCUGGAGAAGAGGAUACGACUCGCCUACGCUGAAAGCUACAACAAAAAUGAGAUGGAUAACGGAUUCGUUACCAACAGCCUCGUUCAGGCAUUCGAGUGCUUUGAAAAGGCCGAUGAUAUCGGGAACAUGAGUCCAGCGACAGCACGACGCAGUCGUUGGAUAAUUAUAUAUGGCAUCCUCCAGUCACUGGCUUCUGUAUCUGUAGAUGAUGAGAGGGUGCAGUACAGUGACAAAGUCGAAUAUCACUUGAGUCCAAGGCUCGAAGGAGUGAAGAUACCACCAUGGAAAAGGGGGCCGAACGAAAACAUUGGAGAAGGAGCACAUGAAACGUCUUAUUGCUGGACAGAAGAGACCGACAGAAAAGAAGAGGAUGAUGAAUAUGUUGAUGAUGACGAGGUUGCUUUGGAUCUCAUUAACGACCUUGACCUGCCGAUACAGAUGAACACGGAACAAGCGGUCGGAGGCCGGAGCACGGAGACGAGUGGAUCCAUCAGCACGGACACAGACACGGACUUGAGCAGAGGUUUUCGUCCAGGGUUCAAAGAGAAGAGGACUCGGAGAGACCGACAGAACGAGAGUCCAGUAGUGACGGAUUACCUGUAUACUUAG